AUGUACCAGCACAUCCUGGCCUUGUCCUUUGCUGUAGACGAGAUCAACAAGAAUCCCAACAUCCUGCCAAACCUCACUCUGGGCUUCCACAUUCUUAAUGGCUACUACUUUGCGAGGAUGACAUAUAAGGCCUCCAUGGGCAUCCUUUGCACAUACCACAGUUUUAUGCCCAAUUUCAGGUGUGGUGCUCACAAAAAAAUAGCUGCGGUCAUUGGAGGACUUGUAACUGAAGUCACUGAAAUUAUGGCCAUCACCACUGCCAUGUACAAGAUCCCACAGUUACAUGGUAUGCUACGGAAACUGACAUUCAACAACGGUAAUGGAGACCUUGUGAGUUUUGAUGAAAAUGGAGAACUGGUGACAGGUUUUGAUGUUACAAACUUGGUAACAUUCCCCAACAACUCAUUUGCUAGAGGAAAGAUUGGGACCCUGGAACCCCAGGCUCCUCCAGGGAAAGAGCUGACCCUCGAAGAUGAUCUAAUCAUGUGGCACAGAAGUUUUAACCAGGUGGUGCCCAUUUCCAGAUGCAAUGACUACUGUUCUCCUGGUUUUGUCAGGAAAAAGAGAGAAGGAGAGAGAUUUUGCUGCUAUGACUGUGCCCCAUGCCCAGAAGGGAUGAUGUCUGGCAAGAGGGGUAGGGCCUGUGUAGAAUGUCCAGAAGAUCAAUAUCCCAACAUGAAACACAAUGAAUGCAUUCCCCGUGCUCUGAGCUACUUCUCAUACAAAGAACCUUUAGGAAUCAUCUUUACGAUAUUGGCUAUUUGUUUCUCUUUGAUGACAACUUCAGUCCUGGGGAUCUUUCUCAAACACAAGAACACACCCAUUGUCAAAGCCAACAACCGGGGCCUUACCUACAUCCUCCUCAUCUCCCUCCUGCUUUGCUUCCUCUCCUCCUUGCUCUUCAUUGGAAAGCCUGAAGAGGUUGCCUGCCUCAUCCGACAAACUGCCUUUGGCACCAUCUUCUCUGUGGCCCUUUCCUCUCUCUUGGCAAAAACCACAACUGUGGUCCUGGCAUUCAUGGCAACAAAACCUGGGUCAAGAAUGAGGAAAUGGGUGGGGAAAAGAUUAGCAAUUUCUCUUGUUCUCUCUUGCUCUUCUGUGCAGGCAGUCAUUUGCACACUUUGGCUAAGUACUUCCCAUCCCUUCCCAGAUAUGAAUCGGCACUCAGCAAAAGACCAAAUCAUCCUGGAAUGCAAUGAGGGCUCAGCUGUGAUGUUUUACUGUGUCUUGGGCUACAUGGGCUUGCUGGCCAUUGCCAGUUUCACAGCGGCUUUCCUAGCCAGGAAGUUGCCGGACACUUUCAACGAAACCAAAUUUAUCACAUUCAGCAUGGUGAUCUUCUGCAGUGUGUGGUUCUCCUUUGUUCCAACCUACCUGAGCUCUGAAGGAAAACACCUGGUAUCUGUGGAGAUCUUCUCCAUCUUAGCCUCCAGUGCUGGCCUAUUGCUUUCCAUUUUUCCUUUCAAAUGCUAUAUCAUUUUAAUGAGGCCUGCAUUAAAUGACAAGGGACAUCUGAUGAGAAUGUAA